UGAUUGACACGAGCUUUGCUGGAGAGAGCCGUGGGUUUGUGACGCACCGGUGACCACUGAGCUGCGCGAGGUGCUCAGGAUCAGUUCAGUUCAGCGCGGAAACACCGGAGAGCGACAAGUAGCCUACGCCAGUAAUGUUGGGCUCAGAGGACCACGGAGAGACUCGCAAACGAAACAUUACCGGAAUGAAGCGUCCGUUGAGUCCUGUUGAAGACAGGUCGCUGACUGAACAGACUGGGCAUGAGGGUGUGUCCUCUGAAGGGGUGGAGUUUACAAGACAGGACGCCCCACCGAUAAACUCUCGUCCGAAGCGGGAGCGAAAACACAGGUCCUACACACUCUGUGAAGUGUGCAACAUUCAGAUAAACUCCUCAUCACAAGCACAGAUACACUACAAUGGCAAAACACACCAGAAAAGACUCAAACACAUAAACAACAGCAACACAGGUACGGCUGCUCAGGGGAGCCCCCUGCUGGCCUCAUUACCGGUGCAGGGUCGCCCGCUGCAGACCCCUCUGGACCUGAAACACUUCCUGCCCUUCCGGCUCAGUGGCUCCUCCCCCCUCAACCUGUUCCCCAACUUCAACACUAUGGACCCGGUGCAGAAGGCUGUGAUAAACCAUACGUUUGGUGUUCCUCAGUCCCUGAAGAAAAAACAGGUCAUCUCAUGCAAUAUCUGCCACCUGCGCUUCAACUCCACGCCUCAAAAGCAAUACUGCACACCCUGGACUUCUCUCCAACUUUGUGAAGUUCAUCCCGGGAUGUUUUCAAGAUCUCAUAAUCAGGCUGAAGCUCAUUAUAAAGGCCAUAAACAUGCUCGUAAGCUGAAGGCAUUAGAGGCUCAGAAGAACAAACAGCAGAGACGACAACUCGACAACACACAUCACAACCGAGACAGAGAGAAGGACCGAGAGAGGGACAGGGAGAGAGACAGCAACAGAGUAAAACUGAGCGCUCCGGAUCCACUUCCUGCCCUGUUGGAUGACACCGCCAUGGAGGAAACUGCUGCCUGUGACUCAGAUCCUGUCGUGAGGGUGGAUGAUGCUAACUCUAGUUCAGUGGUCCUGACACCUGUAUCGGAGGUGUCAUCUGCGGACCUGUCUGUCUCCUCGCCUCACUUCCAGACCCCGGACGGUCUGCUGGAACCCACCGGUGCCCCCAGCGAGCCAGUCGCUCAGCAUGACAACCCUACGGGGGACACACCGGCAGAGAAAGACCCCAAAAAGACCAAACAACAUCUGCAUUGCCCCAUCUGCAAAGUCACAGUCAACUCCACCACUCAGAUGGAUGCUCACAAUAGUGGCACCAAGCAUAAACUAAUGAUGGAAGGACAGAGCGUUCUGCCACGACGACGAGGGAAGGCAAUGUCGUCCCGCCCCUCUUGUAAAAGCAAGCGAUUGGCCAGUAAGGGGAGUGUGGGUGUGGCCAGCAAGAGCUUCUGCUGUGAAGUCUGCGAGAUUCAUGUUAACUCUGAGACUCAACUUAGCCAGCACAUGAACAGCCGAAGGCAUAAGGAUAGACUGGCUGGGAAGCCCCCGAAGCCCAAGUUCAACCCUCACACCAAGAGCCAGCCUACCUCAGCAGCAUCGCAGGGUGUCAGAUGGAACGGUUAUGCAGGUAGCGCAGUGUCCGCUAUGAAGAAAGUUAUCAACCAAUGCAAUCUGUCCUCUCUGUCCUCACAGACUAAACUGGUUCUACAGAAGCAAUUGACUAAAAAUCUGACCGCCAGCUUCCUUUCCACCCCCUUAACUCCUCCCACCCUCUGCACAGUCGCAGCCAAUCCUCUAGCGCUGCGACACCCGCCGGGCACUACUUUCAUUCAGACGCCCAUCCUCGGCCCUGCCCUCUUUAGGCCAGCGCCCGGACCUCUGAGAGCAACACACACUCCCAUCAUAUUUUCCCCUUAUUGAUCACCUCAGAACAACACAAAACAAACACGCUCUUACAACAAGAGUGUUCACACAUUCACAUACAUUCACGUAAUUUAGUUUUACGAUCCGUUCUCAGUACUGACGGUCUCUGUGCAAACUUCGUCCGUGCUCCCGCUCUCUCCAAGCUGUAUACACUUAAGUAUAUAAACACAAACACACACUCCCAUAGUGUUCCCUGUCCUCCUCAAAAACUGUGACUCUAAGAGAGUCACUCUUGAACUAUGCAGCAAAGGGAGAGAGAGUGUGUGAGAGAGAUAGCGAGAGCGAGCAAGACCAUAUAAGGGAAUAUGGGCGGGGCCUCAUUGAUAACACCAGCCCACUAUGCAGAUGAACGGUUUAAUGACAGGACAAGACUGAUAAAGGAGUGAAAGAGCUAUAUAAAGGAUAAUUUGCUUUGCUUUAUGAGAUAUUUAUCAUUGUACAGAUAUUAAUCAGGUUUUUAUUCAAUAAUUUAUUAGAGAAAAGCCAAUUUUAGAGACCUAUAACUGCGCUAGCUGUUCGUUUAGUGAAGAAAUGCAAACAUCCCUUUACUUGAUGCUUUUUUUAAAUUAUUUUCAAUUGUUAUUAGUCUGUCGUCAUGUCGUUCUGCAUGGAUAUGUUGCCAUCGGUCUAUGUAUUCGCAAACAUUUCGAGUAACCUCAUCUGACCGGCUUUUGUUACAAACACAAACCUCAUUGGUCUGUCAGUUUACAAA